AUGACUCUUUGUCAUCGAUCUAAACAGACCAAAGAUUCGGUACUGCGAAAACCUGUUCGGGAACAAGUUCUUGUUCUUAAAUGUCUGAUUCUGUCAUGCAAGACUGCCAACUUUAGCAUGCUUCUCUACGACACAUUGAAGUUUGCUUGUCAGCGAUGUCAGUCAGGCCAUCGAAGUGCUGUUUGUGUUCAUCUUGACCGUCGAGUGGAUGAAAUCAAGGCAAAGGGUCGACCAGUCUCUCAAUGUGGUCAUUGUAGAGCCAAGAGGCAAAGAGGAGUGGGCCAUUCUCACCAUCGUUGUCUAUGUGGUGAUAGACCACCCAAAUCACUACGAGCCAAGGUCGAAGAUGCGAUCCGGAAAAUGGUAUCCAACAAAGAACCAUUUAAUAUAACAGUUAUCAAGAAAAUCAGACCAGUAAAAUCUUCAGCUAGCCAUCGUCCUAGCAUUAAAACUACUACUUCUGGUCCAUCUUCGUGCAGUUCUAAACUUGGUAUGGAUUCAUUAACAACCUCAUUGAGUUCGGAUCGGAUCAAUACUGGCUCUGAUAGUGCUGCUACUGUUUUAGAAAGUUCUACCACUGGCGUAACGGCCAAGGAAUCUGCCAAGACAGAGGAAGCAACAGUUGUUUCAAUGAAACCUGUGAGUCUGCAGGUUUUUGAAGUUCAGGUUGAUGAUGAGAUAUUUUCUGCAUUAAAUAGUCCUUGUAAAUGCCAUUUUGGAGGAGUAUGCAUUUGUGCAGAUUUGCCACAGGAUAAGGAUGAAAAACCUGCUUUGGAAAAUAUUGCCGAGGUGUUGCUGAAUGGAAGAGCAAGUAUGGUAGGCUCAUCUAUCCUCAAUAGCAAAUCUCCACUCGAACAGAAAUUAGAUACUGUACAAGAGAUGCCAUUGAAAACGUCGGCAGGUUUUAAAUUUGAAAAAAGUAAAAACCAAACGAUAGCUGCGUCUUCUGUGUUGACAACUGGAUCUAAUCCCAACACAAGCUCGUAUUAUCAAGACAGAUCCACUGUCACUUUGGCACCUGCUCAACAACCAUUUUCACAUCAUCAACAGUAUGAUGCAUCGUCUGUUAUAAACUAUCAAGAUCGUACUUAUCGUCCUGGCAUGACCGCAAUGGGCGUUGAUGGCGUGAAUGGUCCCACGAGUACUGGACAUUCAAGUAAUAUACGCCAUUUAUCUGGGUUAAAUCAUUCUAACCAUUCGCUCCCUCCUUUACAAGCUUCUCUUCCAUUGAGCCAUUCUUUACCAAAUCGAGAAUUACCAUAUUCUUCUACACAACACGUACCUCCGCCUGGCACAAUGAAUUCUUCGAAUUUGCUGACACGACCACACUUUCUUACCAAUGAGCAAUACCAACAGUUUCUUCAGUUUCAGCAAUUUCAACAAUUCCAAGACUACAGAUUACGCAUGGGACUAGCUUCUGGAAGCGACAGUCGUCCAGCUUAUCCAUUGAAUUAUGAUAUUUCACCUUCGAAUCACCACAAACCGGAAUUAGUUCAUUCAGAACGCUCUGGACCUGCCAAUCUAUACCCAUCCGCACCCAACUCUAUGCCUUUCUAUCAUCAGCGUAUACUAUAUCCACAACAAUCUCAUCAGCCUCAACAGUCGCACUCUGCUUUAUUUAACUCACAGGGUUAUCAUGACGCUGCUCUUUCUGGGGUGACUUCUCGAUCAACGCAUACAUUGACACACCCUACAACUACAGAUCAUAUCAUGAAAGCGAUUUAUCUCAAUCAACCCAUUCAUUCACAGCUUGAAAGUACGAGUGCAUCUUUGUCAAUACCAGCAAGAAGCGAAGGUGAUGUAGUGCCUGCAAAAUCAUCUAUGUUGCAGCAGUUGUUACCACCACAAGAACGCGAAUUGUUGAGUGCACUUGUAUCAUUGCAGUUUGGUACACCCCAGAUAUCUGAAUCUACUCAGUCUCCACCCAUGAAUUUACAAGUACGGCCAUUGCAGCAACCGGAACACCGCAACACAUCUACUACAUCACAUGCUCCAUUGACGAAUGUCACAUCUGCUUCUCAAAGCUUAUUUAACUCUGCUGCUGCCAUCAAUCCACUCAAUUCUAGUUCUAAUCACAGUGUACUGCAAGCAGUUCCACCACAGAAAAGCACAUCAACUACCAGGUCUUCUUGUUGCAAUAGUGACAAGUCCAAUCCUGUGCCAACCUCGAUUGCGGCAUCUUCAUCUAUUACCAAAUCGUCAUGCUGCAGUGGACCUGCCAAGCCUAAUUUAGAAAAUCAAAGAAUAUUGGAUGUUACGUCUUUGGUAGAUUCCAGAUCAACCACACCACAGUUUUUGCCAGACUUGAACUCUGCACCUUCUAAAUGUCAGUGUAGUACUGGCAAUGGAGGCUGUUGCAGUAGUGGCAAAUGUGGAUGUGGCUGUUCUGAUCAAUCCAGGCUUACCGAGUCAAAUUCUAAAGAUGAUGACCCUACACAAUGCAUGUGUGAUCAUUUAGAUGCUGAGCAUGAUUGUGACGAUCAAAUAUAUGCUGAUGAUGAAGAGUACGAUCCUUCAUUGAUUGAUUAA